CUUGUUUACGUUGGAAUUUGGCUUCCUUGUACAUGGUUGCAGGUGUAUCACUAUCCUCUGUCCUUUGUUUCCUUUGUUUCCUUUGUUUCUAUGCGUGAUCGCUUAGUGUGUUCCUGAUACUUGUUCCACAAGUUCCUUGCUUGAUCAUUUAUCGGUUGUUAUCCGAGGAAACCAUGAAUAUAACCGGAAUAUCUGAGAAUGAGUUGCCGGAUUUCUUUUGGAUGUUGCCUGAAUCUCUUACUCAUCACAUAUUGUCAUUCCUUCCGUUCAAGGAUAUCGUCCGUACUUCAAUCUUGUCUAAGAUAUGGAGUGGCAUCUGGUUCAAUUACCCUAACAUCGAUUUGUUUUUGCAUGAGAAUUACAUGGGUAAACUACAUGGACGCUCUUUCAUAGAUCACAUUAAAUCAGUCAUGGAUCAAUGCGUUCUUAGAAAAGCUUGCAUACAGAAGUUGCAGUUAAAAGUUUAUUCUGGUAACCCGGAGGAGUUGGCACCCAUUAUGGAUCAGUGUUUGAGGUCUGCAAUUGAGAGGAAUGUUACUGAGCUAGUGCUUCAUAUGAAUUUUGCUCCAACCACUUACUAUAAUAUUCCAAAGGAAGUAUUUGUCUCUAAUUCACUGAAGGUGUUAGAGCUUGAGGGGUGUAAGUUUGACGAUAGUUUUUCCUGCACUAAUCUUCCACAUCUACAGAAGCUCAAAACCAUGCAGUGCCUGUUUGCCGGUGAGAACGUCUUAUCCAAGAUUUUAUGUGGCUGUCCUGAGUUGGAGUAUCUGCAAGCUUUAGUAUCUGAAGGCAUGAGAAGUCUUCUCUCGGUUUCAUGUAAGCCUAGAUUGAAAUAUAUUCACAUCGGGUGUCGCAACGAGCUCAAGAGGAUUGAGAUCUUUGUACCCAGCCUUGAAACGUUAAAAUGUCAUUUUGCUUAUUCAUGUUCCAUUGACUUGGCUAGUUGCACUCUUCUCAACCAUUUGGAAAUAAACGAAGCUAUUCUCUCUUCUGAUUAUGUCCCUAUUCAGUAUCUUUUAUCUAACCUUCUCCAAAUUGAAGAAUUGCAUUUGUCUAACUGUAAAUCGGCUGACAAAAUUCAAAUCUCAAGUUCAUGCCUCAAGAGACUUGUCAUGACCGAGUUAUACGAAAGCUUUCCUGGUGCUGAACUUGACAUCCCAAAUUUACUUAGUUUAGACUUCUUUUCUAUGGGUGAAUGUAAUCCGAAUAACCGGUUCAGUUCAUGGAAUGUUCCAAAGGUAGAAGAAAUUCACAUGUUGUUUUCUGUUAAAAGCUUUCAGAGUGCUUGCAGGGGUGGACUGAAGGGGUUCCUUAUGCAGUUACAAAAUUAUGAAGAUGUGAAAUUGAUUAUAAAGUGCGGAGGUAAUCAGGAUCUAAUUAUGCAUGAGAAACUGCACGCUAUUUCCUUUUCUUCUCUGAAUAAAUUCUUAAAAAAGGCAAAGCCGAAAUUUGUGCUCAUAUCAUCUAGAAGAGUUGAUUCGUUCUUGGCUCGUUUGCUGGGUUUUACAAAAGGCAAUGCUAGUCUAUCCAUGAUAUUUUCUUCUCGCAGGAGCAUAGAGUUGCUGCACGAGAAAUUGAGCAAUGCAUCAACACUGAAGCAUUGCUAUAGGGAUUUUCAUCUGGUUUCUAUCGAGGAGAUGGAGCAUGAAGUGCACUCUGAUGUGAACCCAUUCAUGAAGACCCAUUCAAUAGGUUACCACACUGCUAGAUUAAUCCUCAUCAGGAAGAGUUUCAUGGAAAUGUUCUGUUCAAUGUAGCAUGUGUUUGAAAAGAGCUUGGCGGUGGCCCCUGGCCGGGCUUAAUCGGGCCUAGAUGGGCCUAGAACAAGAAAAAAUCUCUAGUGCAGCGUGCUGCUUGUUUUCACAUCAAUCAGAUGAUACUUGCUGUAGGUAACACUGCGCGCCUGCAAUGACAAUCCAUCCUAAAAGGCGUUGAGAUUCUUUACAUUCUCUCAAAAUCAUUAGUUUUUUAGGACACCUGUCCUCUGAGGCCUUGGUCCUUUUCUAGAACAAUUUGUAGCUUGGUUUUACAUUAUCAAUCUUGUCACGAGAUAUUAGAGCCCCUCUCCAUUGGGGAUGUGGAUUGUGUAUAGAAAGAUGGACACAACCAUAUUUAAUGUAGUCAUUAGCAUUGGAGAAGAUAUUUAUACCUUAAUCUUGUUUUUUAAGUGACAGUGUAUUUUCCAACCAUCCAUAUCUCACCCAUAAGAAAUGCUCUCAUUGAUAUAAAUAUCUCAUCUCAU